UGUUAGUUCAUGAUACCUAAUCAUAACAAACUGAACAUUAUUGUAAAGUAUUACCGGAAUGUUUUUGAAGUGUUUCUAGAUUCACAUUCUUUUUAACUAAGAAAAAUAUAAUCAUUUGUCCUAAAAUAAACGUGAACACUAAGAUCUACAUACCAAGCUUUACCUAGAAUGGUCUCUAUUCCAACAUGCAGAGUCAGGAAUCGCCUAACAAUAGGUGUUGUGUAGUCUUUAGUCUUGGUCUAGUAUAAAAGCACAGGUGACAGCAGUCAGUCAACAACCAGAACAGGCUUCAGCUUCUCUUUUGUGGAUCCACUGAGGGGUCAGCAAGCGCAACCAUGAAGGUCACCUUUUUUGAGGACAGGAACUUCCAGGGUCGCUCCUACAACUGUAUGGGCGACUGUGCUGAUAUGCACUCCUACAUGAGCCGCUGUCACUCCUGCAGAGUGGAGAGCGGAUGCUGGAUGAUGUACGAUCAAUCCAACUACAUGGGAAACGGGUAUUUCUUCAGGAGGGGCGAGUACGCCGAUUACAUGUCUAUGUUUGGAAUGAGCAACUGCAUCAGGUCCUGCCGUAUGAUCCCCAUGCACAGGGGAUCCUACAGAAUGAGGAUCUACGAGAGGGAGAACUUCAUGGGUCAGAUGUAUGAGAUGAUGGAUGACUGUGACAACAUCAUGGACCGUUACCACAUGUCUCACUGCCAGUCCUGUCAUGUGAUGGACGGCCACUGGCUCAUGUAUGAGCAGCCCCACUACAGAGGCAGGAUGUGGCACUUCGGGCCUGGAGAGUACAGGAGCUUCAGCAAUAUGGGCGGCAUGAGAUUCAUGAGCAUGAGGCGUAUCAUGGACUCUUGGUACUAGCUCCAGUGUAUCGAAUAAUAAAACGAUUUCAUGAGAACACUAAA